AACACUUCGUAAAUGACAGAAAAUGUUCGAAUGUCGAGGCUCGUUUACCAUUCGAUUUGACUUUUUUCACUUUCAUCUUUCACAGGAACAGUUGCCUCCCCACGAAAUAACGCUACGUACCCUCUUGAAGAUGACAACAUAUCCAGAAUGACUUUUUUCGAGUGCUGUCCACUACAUUCUUUCAGAUAUUUUACACCAGAGUUCAGGUAGGCACGUUUGCGGUCAUCUCCUGCUCCUGGAGAUGACGCAAUUUUCCUAUCCAGUUCAUUUCCCGUGAGUAUUACAGCUCAGACUUGGAGAAUUUACCGCAAUAUUGAGUAAAAAGCUCCUCUGCCAACCAUGUCGACGGCGGGCAUCACGUUGAAGGCCACCCAGGCGGAUGGGUUUUACUUUCCGCCGGAGUUCGACCCGCAAAAACACGGCUCGAUCGACAAGUUUCGCCGGGCCCAGGGGUUCGAGCACGCGCUCGGGAAAAACCGAACGAAAAACCUGCACAAGGGUAUUCUGCAGAUCCGGUUCGAGAUCCCCUUCAAAGUGAAAUGCUGCAACUGCGGCAACUUCAUCGGCCAGGGUACGCGGUUCGACGCGGACAAGAAGAACGUGGGCCACUACUUCACCACCCCCAUCUACGAGUUCCGGAUGUACUGCGGGGAGAUCGUGGACAUCAGCCAAUCUGUGAACGGCAAAACCCACUGCAACCAGGAAUGGGUGAUCCGGACCGACCCGAAGAACUGCGACUACGAACUCGUGUCCGGGUGCGAGCGACCCAAGGGACAGAGCGGGUUUCGCAGCGCGCACGAGAUGAAGGGCGUGGCGGACGUCGAGAAGGUGACAGAACUCGACCCUCUUUACAUGGAUUUAGACGCGCGACGCGAAAUGAAGAACGACCCCAUGUUCCGCCUAGAGAAGCUCGCGGAGCUGCAACAGCAGAAGUUCGCGAAAGCGCACCCAGAGCUGAACUAUCUUCCAGCCGCGAGGCCGCAGGUGCAGGACGCGGCGUCUGUCACAGGAGGUGCAGGAGCUCCUUCAGUAACCACGAUGCCCUCCUCGUCUUCCUCAACGACAACAAGGAGAGCGAUGAGCAGGCAAGAAGACGAGGACGAUUUAGACGAGGCCGGGACCAUGUUCGACCCGAAUAACCGUGGCGUGGACGAUUUAGACGAGGCCGGGACCAUGUUUGACCCGAAUAACCGAGGCAGGAUGGCGGGAGCCGGCGCGCCACAUCCAGAUGACGACGAGCACAUUCUGCUCACGAACAAAGAUCGGCGCGAGAAGAACGCGCACCUGCAGGAGAGCAUGCUGAAUUGCCCGGUGGAGGCGAUGCGGAACAAGCGGGCAGCUCCGAAGAUGACGACCGAGGAGGCGGAUCAGCUGCGGGCACAGGAAGCGUCGUUGCUGGGUCCGCAGGAGAAGAGGCGGCGGGCAGACGCGCACUUGCAGGACUUGUACAAGUUGCGACACAAGACGAAUCGCAGCGACUUUUCCGUGAACUCGCAGAUGCGCAAGAUGUUGCGCACGGACAAGAAGAACGACAAGGCCGAGAAGGAUCUCAUCGCCCAGACGGGCGGGAUCGCGGGACGCAGCAAGAUUCUGGCGCUCGCGAACGCGCAGCUGUCCGGCAACGCCUCGCUGAUUGGCCAGCUGAAGCAAUCGCGAAAUGCACCCGAGCCCGCGUCGGGCUCCGCGCGGCCAAAGGUGUUCAACGAGCGGCUGCAGUUCGAAAAAGACGUCGAGCGAAGGAAGGUCCUGAACAAGGACACGGUUUUGCCGCGGGCGCAACAGCGGUCCGGGAACUUCGGAAAGAUGGAAGAUAAAUUUGCGCUCUUCAAGGCGUGUCAGUCCCAGAUCGGACGCGAUCGACGGAAAUGAUAUAUAGAUGUUUUUUUCCAGCACAAGCGACAGUAUUUCUUGACCGAUUCCUGCCUGCUGCGCCCUGGUGGUGUGCGACAGGAGAGGCGGUGUUACCAAACUGGUCUUUUUUGUUACCCUGUGUUGACAAGAAUAGAAACGAGUUACAACAGACUACCCCGGCGGUUCAGUUAUGUACAAAGUGCAG